AGAGUAUAGGGGGUGGGUGCAUAGGAAAAAAGUAAAAGACAAACACAAACAGAAGAAGAAGAAGAAAAAGUAUAGUGGAGGAGAGAGAGAAAUGUGAUGACUAGAAAAUUUCUAUGAUUUGUUGUAUUUGUUGGGUUGAAACCAAUCACUCUGUUCUGGCCAUUACCCCAUCAUUGUCCACACGUACAGCUUUUUUUACUUACUACUACUACUACCAUUUCAUAAGUCUCAAUCUUGUCUAAAUUGGUCUCUUCUUCACUUUCUUGGAUUUAUUUAGGUAAUUGGGUUUUCUGGGGUUUUGAUAAAAAUUCAAGAAAGUCACUUUUUUUUGUUGUUCUAGUAGUAAAGUUUUGAACUUUUCUUGUUUCUUCAACUUCUUGGAUUUAUUCAGGCAAUUGGGAUUUGUGGGGUUUUGGUAAAAAUCAAGAAAGUAACCUUUUUUUUAUUGUUCUAGUAGUAAAGUUUUGAACUUUUUUUGCUUCUUCAACUUCUUGGAUUUAUUCAGGCAAUUGGGAUUUGUGGGGUUUUGGUAAAAAAUCAAGAAAGUAACCUUUUUUUUUAUUGUUCUAGUAGUAAUGUUUUGAACUUUUGUUGCUUCUUCACUUCUUAGAUUUAUUCAGGCAAUUUGGUUUUGUGGGAUUUUGAUAAAAAUUCCAGAAAGUAACUCUUUUUGUUUUGUUGGAGAUUGUGGUAAAGUUUUGAACUUUUUUGGUGCAAGAAUCUUGUUUUGGGUCCAAUCUUGUUGUGUGUGGUUCAAGAAAAUGACUGUGGAAGAAAUUAGAGGAAAUAGUAAGGGUGGUGAAAAGGGAAAUUAUCAAAAUUAUGAUAAUUUUCCAAUUGGUAUGAGGGUUCUUGCUGUUGAUGAUGAUCCUAUUUGUUUGAAGCUUUUGGAUGGUUUGCUCAGGAAAUGCCAGUAUCAUGUAACUACCACAAGUCAGGCAAGAAUGGCAUUGAAGAUGUUGAGGGAGAACAGAGAUAGAUUUGAUUUGGUAAUCAGUGAUGUUCACAUGCCUGAUAUGGAUGGCUUUAAACUUCUUGAACUUGUCGGUCUUGAGAUGGAUCUUCCAGUCAUAAUGUUGUCCGCAAACAGCGAUACCAAACUUGUAAUGAAGGGAAUUAGUCAUGGUGCUUGUGACUAUUUGGUGAAACCUGUGCGGCUCGAGGAGCUGAGGAAUGUAUGGCAACAUGUAAUCCGAAGAAAGAAGGUUGAACCUAAGAGCCGGAGCAAGUCUAACGAUCAUGACAAAUCUUAUCCGGGAAGUGGAGAAGGUGGUCGAGGGCAAUCACCGACAGGUAAUGCAGAUCAAAACGGAAAACUUAACAAGAAAAGGAAGGAUGAAGAAGAUGAGAUUGAUGAAAAUGGAACUGAUAAUGAAGAUACAGCAAAUCAGAAGAAAGCUCGUGUCGUUUGGUCCAUAGAGCUUCACAGGAAGUUUGUUGCAGCUGUUAAUCAGUUGGGCAUCGAAAAAGCUGUCCCAAAGAGGAUUCUUGACCUAAUGAAUGUUGAUGGGCUGACUAGGGAAAAUGUUGCAAGCCAUCUCCAGAAGUAUAGGCUUUACUUGAAAAGGAUAAGUUCAGUAGCAACCCAGCAAGCCAACAUGGUUGCCGCAUUAGGGGGCAAAGAUUAUAUGCGAAUGGGCUCACUGGAUGGACUUGGAGAUUUUCGAACAUUAGCUGGAUCAGGACGGUAUGCUCAUCCUACGUUGUCGUCGUACACUUCAGGGGGCAUGCUUGGCAGGCUAAAUAGUGCUGCUGGUCUGAGUGUUCGCAAUCUGGCCACACCUCAGCUACUCCAACCUAGUCAUGGUCAAAGUUUGAACAACUCCGUUAACGCUUUCGCAAAAUUGAAUCCGAAUAUUCUACCUGCUAGCCAGAAUGCUAGUUUAUUUCACGGAAUUCCUGCAUCGUUGGAGCUUGAUCAAUUGCAACAGAAUAAGUCCUCGGUACAUAUUCCUUUGGAUGAGUCGAGACUGCUUACAACUGAUGUACUUGGUUGCACAAAUAACUCCUUAUCCAAUGUUUCGAAUAAUCAUAUGAUACUACAAGGGAACUCUAUCAACAUGACUCCAUUUAGCUCGGACUCCUUCAAUACCGGUGUUAACGGUUCUUCCAAUUUUCUAGACCAAGGUAGAUGUAACGAGAACUGGCAAAAUUCGGUUCAGUUAUCGAAGUUCCAGUCGAGUUCUUUCCCAUUGACCGAAGCCUUCCUUAAUAGCCAUUUGCCUCAAAGUAGUGUUAGAGAUGAUAAUUCUUCAGCUGCGCCGCCUCAUUUGCUGAGCAGGUCUCUUGAUUUUGCUUCCACCACCACAGUUUCGCCUUCUUUUGAAGAUUCAAGGGGAAAAAUCCAAUUUCGUGAUGGUACGGCUGGCGCUGUUCAGAGUAUGAACCAAGCACCGUCUCAAGCAUGGGCUGACAAUAAACAACGUUAUUCCAACAACUCAAAUAAUACUUUCGGCAACUUAAGCUCCCAGGUUCCCAUCAAUGGUGGUAACAUGGCUUCUUUAAGCCAUAGUAUUCACCAAAGCAAUGAGAACUUUGGCAGAAGGAUGGACAUGUCACUGAUUGGUAGAUCAAAUGGAGGUUCGUCGGCACUCUUACAGCAUGCUGAGAAUGAAAAGUUAACCCCUGACUCAAGGACAAGGUCAAAUGAAGACUACCUCUUGGAGCCAACAAAGCAACAAGUUGGUUUUAGUCCGCAGGGCUACGACUCCCUAGAUGAUCUAAUGAGUGCAAUGAAACGGGAUCAAGAUGGAGGCAUGUUAGAGGAAGAACAAUAUGGAUUUGAAAAUUAUCCUUUCGGAUCAUGACUAUAUGAAGGUUUUGUAGCAGUCAGUUUCAGCAAGAAGAAGAUCUAGGUUGCAGCAAUAUUAAUUUGAUCUUUCAGGAGUUGUGUCAAUAUGUAGUAUCCCCCCGCGUAGUCGCGCCUUCUUCUUUCGUUAUUCUAUUUCCAGCUUCCUGGAAAAAUGAUGUUAUUGACAGUACCAUUUCUAAUGCAAGUUGCUUGCUGCUUCUUAGCUCAUUUCCUUUC